AGGCCGCUAGGAAGGUUGUACAGUGCACGGCCGGCGUUUUAAUGUGUUUAGUUGAUAACCGCGCGUCGCACGCGUCGCCCGUGCCGCGUGCAGCGCAUGCUCAUCUCUAUCGUUAUCAAGUGACCGGUCAUCGCGCACACCAACGUUUCCCUAAACUCGUUAAGCCAGUCCCACCAAAACUAAAUGGAAUACCUUCGUGUCGUUUGAAUACACCCAUAAUCAUUUAUCAAAGUGCAGUUAGAAGAAAGAAGUUGGACGACAACCGUUCGAGAUACGAGCAGUACACCGUCAGUUGAUUCAAGAUAGGGCCGCUAACGGACCUGCGAUGGCAAAUGGCGCCCAGUCCUCAAGAUGUCAAAAACAUCGCCAUACACGUCACUCCACCCGAUGGCGACGAAGACGACGAUGAGUUCGUGCCGCCGCUGCGCCCGCGCCGCAAGUUUAGCACGCCGCUGGCCGCGCUGGCUGGGGCCGCCGAUGACCUCGUCGCUUUGCAAACCAAAGAUCCUCAACAGCAGCCGUCGCGGUCGCUGUCACCAUUCGACCGAACCAAGCGGCGGUUCAGUACGAUGGUGUCGAACGCAGCAGCAGCCGCCGUCCCACGAAGACUGUCAGCUACCAUCGGGUGGUACCUGGCGUCGCCAACGCACAUCAAACCACAGAUCGUCCGUCAAGGUCGCGCUCUCUGCCUACAAUACAUCAGGACGCAGAUACGCAGAGCUGCUAUUGGUAAUAAUAAGCAAAUAGUAAUGAAACGACUACAACGGAUGGUGGAAACGGAAUGCGGCGAAGAAGCCACAAACAACGUGGAGACGGGUGUCAUGUCGGCCAUGCGGGCGUUGUGCGCUGCGCUGGAGAGGAAGACGCCUGAAACCUUCAGAUACGUGGCGAGGCAGGCCACCAGGGCACCCUCAGCCAUGCUCCGCUCUGACACGGCACUAGCUGAGCUUGCCUUAGCCCUCGCUCGUCGAAUCACUAGAGAAAAUAUUACUUGGUCUAAGAUAGCAGCAGUAUACUGCGUGUGCGGUGCGUUAGCCCGGGAAGCGGCGGAGGCGGCGGACGGGGAGCCUCCGAUCGAGAUAGUGGCAGCGCCCGCGGCUGCCGUCGCUGAUCUCUUGCACGAGGAGCCGGGCUCCUGGAUCGCUGCUCAUGGCGGAUGGAAUGGCUUGGUGGAGCGACUGCGCGCCAGUCAAAGAGACCAGAAUACAGAAAAGAUUCUACGAUUGAUGGUAUCAUUCUUCGCAGCGCUGUUUGCAUUUCUUCUGUUUCUGCGGUGGGCUCUACACUCCCAUCCAACUUACAACCACUGACAAACAGUUUAUAGGAAACAUACUUGUACUUAGGUACCUAUAUAGAGACAAAGAAAAGUUUAAUGCGACGUUAUUUCGUCAAAGAUCAAUCUUUUUUAAUGGUCAGAAAGAAUUAUAUGGAUGGAAAGAACUAAAAGAAACAAGAAACUUGGAAUUAAACUGUAACAAGAAGACGAUACGCUCCUAUCCUAUGCCAAUAAACAUUUUAUUUUUUACUAUAGUCAUAAGUACCUACGGCAUUAAAUGACACUGUUUUUUCGAAAGGGUUUUCUUUUUAGAUAUUUCCUCCAAGAGAUGUCAACUCAUUCAGUGAAUAAGUAUGUCAUUUUAUGACCAAAUCAAUGAAUAAACUUCUAGGUAGGUGGAUUAGGUAAUCCAAGAGUGACAUGAAUAGCUACAAGUAUCUAAAUACAGAUAAGAAUAAACAUUCAUACACACAAGACACCGUUAAAAUUAUUUUUCGAAAAUUCCAGGGGUAAGACCAUAAUGAGUUGAUAUCAAGUGGAAUUUUCCAUCGCAAAAGUAUGGAAAAGAAAAAAAUAAAAACACUCAAACUUACGAAAUUGUAUGAUUUAGGUGGUAGGUGCCUACUUAUAAGGCUAUUCAUGGAGAAGUUAACACUUCAAAAACAGUACCUACCUAUGUUCGAUUUUAUUUUUGCUUUCCAAACACACAUAAGUGGUUUAGUUCUCAGUUCCUUUCUGAUUUAGAUAGGUAAUUAGCUAUACUUUUGUUUUUAGUAUUCAUUACUGUUAUUUGUUUUACUGUCAAGCUGAUGUACCUACCUAUUAAUAAGUACUGCUUUGGUUCUGCGGCAAAUUGCUAUACAUAAAGGUACAGUCAUGACAAUAUCAUGUACCCACUUUAGAACCCUGUCGCACUAUCAUAUUUGACAUUUUAAUGAGACUUACGGUUUAAUUUGUCAAAAAAGUUAAUGUGGCAUGGUUUCAUUAAUAUAUUUUUUAUUAACAGUACACGACGUUACGCAACCAACUUUAUUUACAAAUAACUUUGUUACCUGCGUACUGCAAAAUAUUUUAAAGCGAAAAGAGAGACGCUACAAAAAGAUAGGAGUCAAUAUGCACCAAUAACCAUUCGGUUUCCGAUCAGAUGCUUUCCGUGUCGGUUUUUAUUGCAAAUACCUUCCAGAAUUGCCAAUAUACAGGGUAGGUAAUAAAACCUUGAUGGCAGACAUUUCUAGGUAAUAAAUCGAAUGUUUGUAAUACCUACCUACCUAGAUUAUUUUAAUAAAGAAGAAAACUCAAUAAUUUUGUCUAUAAACUUUAGAUAACACCAACAUGCGCUAAAUGCAAAAAAAACUGUAAUUGUGAACUGUAUCCUAAAACAAUUAAAUGUUAAAAUAAAAUGAUCCUAUAAAGGUUCCAUUUUUCCUUUUGAAGUUCGGAACCCUAAAAAUGUGCUAAAUAGGUAAAGGUAGUACGUAUUUUCUACAAAUUAAUGUAAUAUUUUAAAAAGUAGGUGCCUACCUACUUGUUUUACAACAGUAUUCUUGUGGUGCCACGAUUUAUUAAUUACCUACCUACUUAAGUAUACCUAAUAGGUAUAACAAAUAUUAAAGUAAAAAAGUAUUGUAUUUACUAAUUAUUAUAACUAGAAAGCUGAUAAGUAUAUUAUGGUGUUGUUUAAUUUAAUAUUUAUUUAUUAAGAACAAUGAACGUGUAAAUAACUGAAUGUACCUACGAUGUCGUUUUAAAAUGUACCUAUUGAGGAAUUAAAUAAAAUGUUAUGACUA